AUGAACCCGGCUCAUGACAGUGGCGCGGCAUCUUGGGACGAAAAUCAUAGCGAUGAACAAAGCCAGUUGCACGGUUCCGAACACCUCCUGGACUUGAGCAACUUGCUUUAUUCACGCCAUGAUCAGUCUGUUGAUGGAGCAUCAGCUGAUGAUAGGUUUGAUGUUACAUGGAGUCUUGCAUCGACAAAUGCCAUGAGUUCCUGCUUCCCUUUCGAAGGUCAAAUGGACAUGGGACCAGGUAUUCCCAUCGGGUCGACAAACAUCGCUGGGGGUGUCAGCGAUCAGUAUAUCGACUUAGACAAGCCCAUUUUGAAUGGAAUUGAUCCGUUCAGUGACCCGGACACAGCCCUGGGUUGGAGUGCAAACCCGGCUCAAACCAUUGACGGUAGGAACUUCAAUCCUUACUUUGCGAUGACUGAGAAGAACGAUCAGGAAAAGGGGAGUUAUACGCCCGAUUUUGGCCAAAGCUUGGAGAACAAUGCCAUUGAGGAAACUAGAGCGGUAACAAAUUUUACGGAGGACUUCAUGUAG